AUGGUGAAAUUUGGGCUCCAGUUCAAAGCCACUCUGGAAAAUGUCACUAAUGUGAGACCAGUGGGCGAUGACUUCCGCUGGUUUCUGAAGCUGAAGUGUGGAAGCUGUGGAGAGGUCUCAGAUAAAUGGCAGUAUGUAAACCAGGAGGAGAGUGUGCCACUAAAAGGAGGAAGAAGCAGUGCCAGUAUGGUGCAGAAGUGUAAACUUUGUGCCAGGGAAAAUUCAAUUGAUAUCCUGGGAGACACAAUUAAACCGUACAAUGCGGAGGACAGCGAAAGCUUCAAGACAAUGGUGCAGUUUGAGUGUCGAGGCCUCGAGCCCAUUGACUUCCAACCUCAAGCGGGCUUCGCUGGACAAGGAGCAGAGUCUGGGACACAGUUUCCUGAAAUUAACCUGCUAGAAAAAGACUGGACAGACUACGACGAGGAAGUCAAGGAGUCGGUGGGAAUAUAUGAAGUUACACACAAGUUCAUCAAGUGCUGAUGUCAUCAAGCGAUGAGCCUGAGGUGGACGAAUGAACACUACAUCCAAACAUCCUCAGGCCUCUUAGUUGCCAUCAAGAAUGCAUCACAUGCUGAUGUGGUGAGGUUUGGAUGAUGAACAUUAACAGAGGUGGAUUAAAACCACAGGUUGUCCAUACACGUCUUGGAUCAAUCACCAUGUUCAAGGCUUUUUUUCCACUGCCUCAAUAAAAUCGAAAGCUGACAA